GGGCCUGCGCGGACGCAGCGAGAACCCUGAAAUUCAUUAUGCGUUUAAAACCUUUAUUUAUUUCCGCAUAACCUACAUUCUCUCACCGGGAGGGCCAAAAUCGGAGAAAACGCAACGACGACAGUCCAUCUCUUCCGGACAAUACAUCGUUUCUAAAUAUAUUUUGUGUCGGAGGUGGACUGCUGUUGAGAAAGUGAUUCUAAUAUAUAUUAAAGAAAAAUGUCCGGUGAGAGAAACCGCAGGUCGCUGGCUUUCCGAGGAGCUGGAUUAGCUGGGUUAACGGGUUCCAGCGGUAUCGCUGAGGGGAACCGUAACAGCUGGGAGGCCCCGGCCUGUCAAGACCGACAUUUUAACGGGAACAGGCCGGAUCAAGAGGAGGACAGCGAUCUGGGGGCUAAAGGAUCAUCGCAGAAGAGAGUGGAGGGCGCUGGGUCUAUCAGCGAUAGCACGGAACCCGAGGCGGAGGAGGAAGAAGAGGACCCGGAAGAGGGCAGCUCGGCAGCCGGGGACGGCGAUGACCGUGUCGGCUCAGUGGAAGCGGAGGACGGGAACAGCUUGACGGAGGGAAACUGUCCCAACGAGGCCGACGACGACGGCCAAGAGUCGGGAAGCGCUGCGACUAAUGUGGGCGAGUCGGGAUCCAGGAAGUCUGGGGUAGAGAUGAGACCGAAGACGCUGCUUCAGAAACACUCGUUAUUCCACGCUAAGUGGCUGCAAGAAUUCCCAUGGCUCAAAUUCUGCCAGGAGACGGGACUUAUGUCCUGUUCGUGGUGUCACAACAUUGCCACUAAAAACAGCGACGAGCUUGUCAAAGGCAGUCGCAACUACAAGCGGGCCUUGCUGCUGAGACAUCACCUGUCGUCCGAGCACGGGAGGAACGACCCCACCAAACAGGAGACGAUGAGGCCCUCGGACAACGGCAGCACCUCCACUAACUGCUCAGAGGACGACUACCACCACAAGACCAAUGAGAACUCCUACUGUUACCAGCUUCUCCAGGAGCUGGACAAGCAACGCAAAAGUGGCAUCCUCUGCGACGUCAACAUCGUCGUCUCGGGCCGGGUGUUCCGUGCACACAAGAACAUCCUGGUGGCGGGCAGCCGCUACUUCAAAACCCUCUACUGUCUGACCAAGGGCGAGGCCCAGGACCAGGCCACGGUCACACACCUGGAUGUUGCUGCUGUGCAGGGCGUCGCCGUUAUCCUCGACUUUCUCUACUCUGGGAAUCUGCUGCUCACAAGCCAAAAUGCCAUAGAGGUGAUGUCUGUCGCUAGUUUCCUCCAAAUGUCGGAGGUUGUACAUUCAUGUAGGGCUUUUAUAAAGGACGCCCUGAACAUCAGCAUCAAGCAGGAGGCCCCUGAUUCUGUGGUGGUGGACUACAACAAGAGGCAGACGGUGUCCAAAGAGGGCCUCAGAGGGCUGGACCGCAAGCCAAGCAACUUCUGGGCCACAAGCAUCCUGUCGAAUCUGUCGAUCAAGGCCAGCAACAAUCAAGGAAAGGAAGCGAUGGACGAAGAAGACGAAACUGGCAGGGUGAAGGAUGAGAGCAGCGAUAUAGAGGUGACAAUGGUUAGGGGCGAGGGCUGUGCCCUGGUGACCCCCGGAGCCUCUGGUAACUGGACCCACCACAACAACGACUCGUCCGAUUCAGCAGAGACCAAUGACACGCGGUCGGCGAGUGGCCAGGUGUUCGUCUGGAACGAGCCAGCCACGGGCGGCGCCGCAGCAGCACCCGCAGCAAUAAAGCGAGAAGCACCGGACGCCGCGGCAGGAAGCGGACGGAGGAAAAAACAGACCACCACGAAGCGUUUUGUGUACAACUUUCCACCAGAGCCCGAGGAGGGAUUUGACGAGGGGAUGUUCAUCCAGCCCUCUGCCUCCUACACCAGAGAGGACUUCUCCUCCCUCUCCGAAAAUGCUGAGCUGGCCAAUCAGAUCCAGUAUAGCAUCAUCCAGCAAGGGGAGUCCUGGGAGAAUGGUGAGACCGCACACCUAGCCCUCAAUAAGCUCAAGUGCCCGCACUGUAACUACAUCGCCAAGCACCGGCGCACGCUCAAGAGGCACCUGAUCAUCCACUCGGGCGUGCGCUCCUUCAGCUGCGACAUCUGUGGCAAGCUGUUCACCCGCCGCGAGCACGUAAAGAGACAUUCCCUGGUGCACAAGAAGGACAAAAAGUACAAGUGCAUGGUGUGCAAGAAGAUCUUCAUGCUUGCAGCCAGCGUCGGGAUCCGUCACGGCUCGCGGCGCUACGGUGUGUGUGCGGACUGCGCUGACUCGCACCAGGCCACUCAGGAGGGCCUGGAGGGCAUGGAGUUCCCUCGCGACGAAGACUUCGAGGGCGAGGAAGGGGAGGACCUGGAUGGGGAGGAGCCUACCGACAACGACCAAUCAAAUUGGGGCGAGGGCAACGCUGGUGCUGCCCCCGACGAGGACUAAGAAUUUUAACACGCUUGAGAAACGAAACAAACAAAAAAAGUUGAUGUUUAAUAUAUAUGUAUACAAAAACUAGCUGGUAAACAAUCAACUCCAAAGUGCUAUCAAACCUCGAGGUUACUUAAUUGUGCAAGUAUAUGACAAAGAGAUGGAUUUAAAAAAACAAAAAAAGCUUUCGUAGUGGGAACUCCAAGAUGUACAGAUUUUAUUAUUGUUAAAUGUGUCCAACUCUAGGCCCAGAGCCCACGAAAGAACGAUUCUAUCCACGAAUAAUAUGAUAAAUCAGGUUUUUGGUGAUGUAUUUUUAUUUCCUGUUUUUCGGGGGGGGGGGGAGUUGGGCAGGGGUGAUGAUGUAGUUUUUGAGUUGGGGUAGGCCAAUCAAUCUAAAAAAGAAAAGCAAAAUGUUAAUUAUUUAAUUUAUGAAGAGAGGUUAUUAUGGUCUUAGCGAUAAUUUUUUUGUUGUUUUUGUCUGCGAGCAGAGGCGCAGGUGUUGCUUUCUGCACAAUCUGAAAGUCUACUGCUUAGUGCUUGUAGAAGUACACAGAAGAAGAGCAUUAUUGUCCACAGGAAGAUUUUUAACUUGCUCUGUAGAACUAGUUUAGAUGCGCUAAAUGUUAUAUUAUUCUUUUCAAAUUUCUUUUUUUUUCCUUUCCCUGUACGAAUCUUGGAACCAAAAAAAUCUGUUUUGCGACUCUAAAGUAUCACGGCCAUAUUUAUGAUUAAUUUAAGAGGGCUGUGAUAUUGUGCCAAACAGACCGCACACCAAGAUUUAGCAGGAAGCAAAAACUACUGAAUACGCUUAGAAAAAAUAUGAGAGAGAGAGAGAGAGACACAACGUGAGGGUUUUUUGUUAAGCGGGAAAAAAGAUGAAUUAAAAAAAAAAAAAGCGAAAGUACAAGGGGAAAUGUUAUUGCUAGCUUUAUACAAAUCACAGCGUCACAGUAACACUUUAUUAUUAUUAAACAAAAGCAUUUGACUUUCACUUAAAGCUUGAAUUUUGCCAAAUGACGAAACGUUUGGUGCUGUAAUGCUUGUCGCAGAAUACUGGACCUACAGGCUAUAAUGAUGUUUAUAAUCAUGAAGCUUAAACUGACUCAGUUAUACAUAUGUAAUCAGCUUAAACUAUAGAACACUGUUGUGCUACGGCGACUAUCAGGUAUGCUUUGCCAUUGUUUUGAAGCUUUUUAUUUUAUUGAAUGCGCACACACACACACACGCGCUCACGCGCAUACCAUUUUGUAGAACUACCGGCAGUACUUGUAAUUGACAUUUUGAGGACCUAAGAGGACAUCAAUACCUGUAUACGUUUGUUUAUAUUUGGUACUGAGUUAUACAGUAAAUACAUUAUAUAAAUAUAUAUUUUGAAUCACUUGAACGUUGGGAAGAAAGUCAUGAUGUGUGAUUUUAAAGUCUGACAGGACUCCAUUUUCCAUGUGUAAAAGUUCAACACAAUGUCACCGGUUUGAUUUGAUGUAGGUUUGUUUUUGUUUCUUUCAGUCUGCCAGGUAGAAAAACUUUGUUCCACAGGAAGUGAAGCUCUAUGGCGCCUCAUAGACACGCACUUACUUUUGUGUUCAUGAAAAUCAUUUUUUUUUUAAUGUUUCUUCGCUUCCCCAAAAAGCGGGUCUGAAUGGAGCUAUAUAAACUGUUGUCUUUCUUCCAAUGCGCAACUUUUUUUUUUUAUUAGACAUUUUGUUUUUUGUUAUUUAAUAUUAUAUAUUGACUCCAAAAUGCAAUCAAGACUGUUAAUUUCUAUUUGUCCAACCAAAAUUGUUGUUUUUAAUUAUUGUAUGAGAAAAGCCAGGUGAAAACUUGCUUCGUGUAGAGAAUCCUUGCUCGUGUCUGUAAUUUGUUGAGAUUUUUUAAAUGUUUUUAUGCUACAGAAUCAUUCACUUUACCCUGGAUACAUAUUUUUGUUUAAUUUUGUCCUUUUUUUUUUUUCCACAGAUGUUUCCUUUUUCUCCUUUUGUUAUUUCAUUAAGCACAUAUUUUCUAAAGAAACACGGAUUGUUUUGCGGGUUGAAACCUUGGAACAGCAGUAUCUGUUCAUAUGCAGUGGAGUAUACAGUAUAUAGUGACGUGCUAAUGAUGCAGAAGAUGUGUAACCUCCCUUUACUCUCAGUGGAAGAAGAUAUAUUUUAAGUCGUAGAGAUAUUCAGCCUCUUCCUGUCACUUUUACCUUCAAAUCACUGUGGGAGGGGUUAUGUUACGGAUAUAUAUAUCUAUGUGGAGAUUAUAUGAGAUAAAUAUAUAUAUAUAUAAAUAUAUAUAUAUAUGAAGAAUAUAUUAUUUAACCAGUGGAUUUACUUAAUGGAUCACAUUAACGGUCAGCUCCAAACCUACUGGCCUGGUGGUUUAUUUCCGUGAGCUUUAUCCUUCCUCUCUGGCUCUCUGUUCACGCUGUGUGCUUGCUCAUUACACCAUCCUGUUGUCUUGUUUGUUCUUUUGAUACUAUACCAUCCUACUGAUUUUACUGUAAUGAAUGAAACUCAAAACUAUGAUGUAUCAUUUUAGAUUUUAUGCUGUAUUUGUUAUAUGGACAAAAAAAAGAAAAACCAACGCAAAAAACGAAGCAAAAACACUACAGAUUUAAAAGCAGAGGUUUUUUUUCCCCAGCUGUAUUUUUUUACGCUGUUGCAAAAGGUUGUAUUUUUCAAUUUCUCUCGAACUUUAACAGCGAUGCAAAACUUGGGCCGCGCCUCAGUGCCCUCCGAACACAAAGCAAAUUCAGGUUACUCUUUUUACGUUUUUAUCAAAGGUUUUCAAAGAUGGGACUACAUUCUCCUUUUUUCUGUCUGAAUUGUACUACUGUUCCUCUCUAUACUACAUUUUAAGAAUAAAACUUUGAUAUUG